GCGCCAUAUUUGAACAAGGCACUGAUGAGGUGCAAUCAGCGUUUAAAUACGCAAUGCUCAAUCACAAUCUCAACGUAUCGUCACGCCGAUUCGAGCUGCAAGCGUACGUGGAUGUCAUCAACACAGCAGAUGCAUUUAAAUUGUCGCGCUUAAUAUGCAAUCAAUUUUCGCGUGGCGUUUAUUCUAUGCUGGGUGCCGUAUCACCGGAUUCAUUUGAUACAUUGCACUCGUACAGCAAUACAUUUCAAAUGCCAUUCGUGACACCAUGGUUUCCAGAGAAA